UCGCGCCUGCCUGCGGUUUCGGGUUUCACUUCCCUCCUUUAAAGGCUUCGCCGCGCGCCCAGGCGCGCACACACACACCCGCACCCGCGCGCCUCUGUCGCAGCAGCGUCUGGUCUCGCCCUUUCCCCUCCGCUGCCAAGAAGAGCCAAGCGGAUCGCAUCCUCUCCUCGCCCGGGAGAAACUUCAGGCAAUCCUCGUUGCUGCGUAGGGAAGAUGCGGACCUCGCUGCCUCUGCUGGCGGCCGUGGCGCUGGCCUUGGCCGGCUGGGCGCAGGGCGAGGUGUUGGCCGCGAAGGGAGGAGAAGAAGCCGCGAGCUUCGGAGACUGCGACGGCUUCUUCUACCAGCGGACACCCCCCGAGGGGCUCCCGGGGCAGCCCGGGGAUCAGCACGUGAAGAUCUGCCAGAAAUACAACCAAGAGCCGCGCUUCGCCACCCUCUACAGCACGCGGGACAGGAUCCCCCUUUACGCGGCUUUUCUGUACACGGGAGGCGGCCAGAGUGGGGAAGAGAGAUGGAUGGUGGAGCCGCAGAUCGAUGAUCACGAAAAUGGCCUGGAAGGAAUGAUGCCGGAAGUUGAGGUCACAGGUUCAGUGGACAACUUGGGGUCCAAGCAGGCCCUCACAGCAGACUAUGUGGACUCUGGCUACGAGAGGGGGCAACUAAACCCUAGUUCUCUUCAUAAUGGCGACCACGAGAUAGCCACCUACACACUGACCAAUGCGGUGCCGUUGACCCCACCUCUCCAUGAGAUAUGGCACUGGGAGAUUGAGAGCCUGGUAGGCCAAGCCUUGGCUCCACACUGUGACAAUGGGAAGGGUCUCUAUCUUGUUUCUGGAGCAAUUCCUUCCACCCUCAAAGUGAAGGACAAAGUCUCUGUCCCCGAGUCUCUCUGGCUGGCCGCCUGCUGCGAUGAUGGUUCCAAGACCUGGUCUUUGGGAUUUAUUAAGCAGGCAACUGCUGAGAAUCGCCUAGAAGACCUCACUGUGGAAGCCCUUGAGAAGAAGCUCCACGCAGGAGCUCAACUGUUUAAGAACCACUGCGGCCAAGACAGACACGACCCCAAGAAACUGGAGGAGGUCCACCAUGCCGUGAAACACAUCCGAGCUAAGGAACCAGUGCCACAAGCGAAGAAGUCCACCACAGGCCAGCACACCGGCACACAGCCAAAGGAGGAGAGUGGCUUUCUGAAGAAGUUGUUUUAUUUCAUCGUUACCCCUAUCUUCAAACUGCUGAAAUUGGUUGUCUACCUGGUUGGCCAGAUUGUGAAAUACACCUUCUCUCUCCUGUGGCGCCUCAUCCAGACGAUCGUCGGAGGGGUGUUCACCUUCAUUAAAGGAAUUGCCACAGCGCUGCUGAAUGUCUUUGUUGAUGUGGCUCGCGUUGGCGUCAACAUCCUGAACGGAAUUGCCAAAAACAUCUACAGCGUCCUGAUGGUUACAUACAAGAUUCUCAGCAUCCCUGUGAAUGUGAUACUAGACAUCGUGUCCUUCCCUUUCUACACCCUGGGUGCCAUCCCUACUGUCCUCCGAGAUAUCGCCUCAGGUAUUGGUGGAUUAUUCUUACUGGCAAUUGAUGCCACGACAAGCAUUGUGAAGGGCCUAAAUUACAUCGUUUCACAUUUAGCCAAAAGGUUCCUUCUUAAGAUUUACGAAGUCUGAAAAGCGGUGUGAGAAAGCGAAUGGCUAUGAAGAACUCUGGGGAAAGAAACCCAAAGCAAUACUUUCCGAUAUGUUGCUAAUCUCCUGCUGUUCCUAUAAAGUAUUUAUUUGUGAUGACAUUAACAGUAAUGAACCGAUGUUCUGGUAACAUGGGUGAGCUUCAUGCCCCCUUCCCCUCCCGAAGGGGCAUUUUAUGGCAAAAUUAAAUGUUCACUUAUUGUAAAAUGUU